UUUAAUUCAGAGAAGCUUCGAUUUACUUGGUUGGCACGCGAAGAAAUUAUUCAUACCUCAUUUGAGAAACAUGAUGUAGGAGCAAUGAUUGAGAUCUAUUUAAUUGUAAAAAAAAUAAUGAAAGAAAAUUAUGAAGUAAUUUUGAAAAUAAUACAAGAAAUAGAAAGAGAUCCUUCUCAAGAGGAAUCCAUUCAGGCAUUUGAAUAUCUUCAGCAAGUUAUUCGGCUGACCCCUGCCUCACCCCUAAAAUGCAAAAAAGAGUCAUUAAAUUGA